AUGGCGGGAACGCUCAAUCGCAACUUCACGUCGGCGUCCGUAGCGUUCACGUGCAUCCGGCACAACCCACGACUACUGGAGAACUCCCAGAGUUUGUACAAAUUGAUUGUACCGUCAAAGGCGUGCGUGGACGCGGAAGAGAGUGAUAAAUGCAAUGGGGAUGUCGAUCCAGACCGGAUUUGGGCUGUAGUGGCUGUUGUAGCUACUGGUAUGACACAGGAGCUUGACAAGGAGAACGAAGUUGGUAAAGACAAAGAGGAGGAAGAUGAGGCAUUGAUGGAGUGGGAUCUCGUGCAGCUCUUGGCGGAAGCUGGUGUGGGGUUACAGAUCUUCCUGCGCUACUUUACGAGUCUCUUUAACCGUCUGUUGUUGGAGCCACGGCUACUCGCAGCUGUAACGUUGCUCAAGGAGGAGUUUACCAUUGACACGCUGCUGUUUGAAAAGUACCGUGAGUUGUGGCAAAAGACGACGCUGAUGAAAAUGGGACAAAAAGGAGAGUACCAGACGGGCCUGGAUGGAAAUUCUUCAGAUCCAGAACCUGAGAAGCCAGUGGAUAACCAGGAGCUACAGAAUGCUUGGGGGCUGCAAGGGCGUCAUCGAAAGUUGUUUGACGGAGGAUGGGUGCUGUUUUUGCUGGCGAAGAGGAGACUGGCGAGGCAAUAUUCUGGACUCGGACAGCUCUACACUUUGCUCUUGGCGACACUGCAUUUGGUCCUUACCAAUGCUACCCAAAUGUCUCAAGUGACUGUGGAGGCAGAAGUUGCUGUGGCGCUAAGUGCACUGGGAGACUUGGGAGACGAAAAAACGUCGCCCAUGAAGUCGGGAGCUGAAGUUGAUUCGAGUACGCAGAUUUUCAACACUUUGUGUGCAGCGCCGAGAGUUGAUCGAGCUGACGUCUUGCGCGCAUCUGAACACUUGGGGCUUGUACUGCAGCAGCUUGGCAAAGAAGGUGUGGUGCAGAACGAGGCGAGGGAACACGCGGUGUCAAGAAUGACACUAUUUGCUGAUGCUGUGCUUGGACAGAACGUGACGCGGCUGUCGGAAAAAUACAAGCAUGACUAUCUCGAUGGCUGCGGCAAGCUGGACGAACGAUUCUUUCUGGACGAGCACAUUCGACAGACCAUCAUGGGAGCAAACGUUAAUGUACAACCUGGUAAAGGAGGCGGCGGCUUUAGGAUGAAGUCAAGUGAUAGGUUGAGUACAAGCCGAAGCAUGACGCGCAAUAUGCUAUCCCCCGUGCGACGCAACAUGAUGGCUCGACGACGAGACAAUGGGUCUACUCCCGUCUCAAGAGGAAUGAUGACACCUCCUCGGCACCAUCAACAACCUUUCCAUGGUCGUGGGAUUAACUCGCCGUUGAUGCAAUCUUGGCAAUGGCAAGGCUCCCCUGGAGGCAAAUACAGGUCUCAUACUGGUGCAAGUCCUCGCUUAUCGCCGUGCUCUUUGCGAACGCCGAUUACUUCAGCUGUUGAGACAAGUAAUUGGGUACGAGAAACACUGUCUAGCUCAACCUUGACGCACAUGACGCCGCAGCUGCAUCGGCUUUUCACUGACUGUGCAGUGGACCCAACAGAGCGUAUCGCGCUCGUGCUACGUGACCAUUCAGAAAGGCUUUUAGCAGCACGAAAGUCGGGUCGAGCUACAACGGAGAAAAGUUGUCCCACCGUGUCAAUGGUGGUGAUUGAGAAUAACGACGACGACGACCAGGAUGGAAACAGUAACGCGUUGUUUUUAUCCGGCGUGGAUGACAGCCUGAAUCGGACAAAAAACUUGACCAUCGUGCUGUUUUAUCAAGUGCUGGAGUCAUUGCUACUAUCAGAGCGCGAGCGACUACGCAACAACGACUUCUCGAAGCUGCUAAACAACGAAGUGUUUCUCGCGGCGCUGUUCGCAUGUAGCGCUGAGGUGGUGCUCAAAGCGCACUCGCUCAUUACAAUUUCGUACCCGUUCUUGCUCGAGCAUUUGCACGUGAAUGCCUUUCACUUUGUUACCACAAGCGAAAGCUUUGUCAAGUACGCGCCAAACCUGCCUUCAGCCUUGAAAAAGCACAUGAGCGAUGUCAAGAACCGAAUUCUGGACUCUCUCGUAUGGAAAUCCGAUUCUGCGCUUUAUCAACUUCUUCCUGGAGCUCGACGCUCUGCCAGCUCUUUCAGUACGGCCGCUUCCCCGAGCACCCAAAGCACGACGGACCAUUCAAACAGGGCUGGUGGUAAUGUUGUUCUGCAUGCACCUGUGCUUCGUCUUUUUUACCGGAUGGUGCUUUCUCGCGCAGCCUCCAGGAUUUACCAGCUCUGCAAUAUGUUGGGUUUGGAUUCAACGGAUCAAAAUGAGAUCUGGACUGCUGUGAAGGAAUGUAUCACGUCACACCACGACCUUCUGAGAGACCGUCACCUGGAUUUGAUUGUAUUGUGCAAUAUCUAUGCUGUGUGCAAAGUAUCGCGUGGCCCUAAUGUUUCUAAGGCGGCAGCCACCAUGUCUUUCAAGUGCUUGCUGGCAUGCUACAAACAGCUCAAUCGGCAAACGCCCACUGGCGUUAAUUUAGCUAGUGCAAGUCCGCUUGUUUCGUCGCGCAGCAGUGAAGGGGUGACGCACGGCAUCAUCCUCGACACCAAAGGUUCCCGUGGCGACAUUAUCAAGUUUUAUAACCGGUAUUACAUCACAGCCAUGAAGAGCUUCAUACUGCAGUUUCAAUUCCAGGAGUCACAAAUGGCGGCAGCUGAUGCGGUCGUCGCUGAGGCCUCGCAACGGCCCCAGCGGGGUCUACUUCAGAUGCAGAAUGUAUUGCACGAGCUGCAUCGGAAGCUGUUCAAAAAGCUCUUUCAAAGUCAUGGCAACUCCACCAAUAUCCAUGUCCAAAGCAGCGUACCUCCGAGCACACCGCCACAUUCCGUUCGCAGCGGUAGGCGAUCAUCGUCUUUUGUUUCAUCGCCAGCUGUUUCAGCACUGCAGAUGUUCACGUCAGUUGAAGUACAAACGUUGCCUGUAUCCAUGAACCAGACAUCGCCGAAGCGCGUCGAGUGCUCAAACGUGUACAUGUCACCAUUGCAACAAGUACGACUGGAUCGCCGCUCGCAGCUGACGCCACGUUCCCACGCUCUGUACGCGAUCGGCGAAAGCCCUGCGCGGGACCUCGCUUUAAUCAACCGCGCAGUGAACACAGUACCUGCUAAUCUGCGCCGGGCGCAUGCCCCCAAACUCGUAAUGGACAGCGACACCGAACAACGCGACAUGAGCACCAGCCGUCGUAUCAAUCCUGUCCGCAAGAAACAGAAGACAGCGUCGUAG